CUCAGAUCUUUGAGGGCUGCAAGUUCUUGUCUCAGUCUGAAUUUAAGCUGCAUUGGUAACUGGUACCUUGCCAGGCUCUUGGAGAAGCAAAGAAGAGUUAAGUUUUCAAUGGGGCAUUAGAAAGCCCCCCAGGAUCUUGGGAUCUUCCAGCCUCAGUUUCCUCAUCUAAACAUAUGGGAUAAAAGUAAUCCCUGCUUCAUAGAAUUGUUUUGAUGAUGGAGAGAAACAAUUUAUUGAAUACACACUUACUAAACUUGCUGAGACACACCAGCCUCUGUUUUAGGACUUAAAGAGUAAAAGUAAAUAAAUGCAAAAAUCAUGGUCCCCAGAGAACUUAUGGUUUAUAAGAAGGUCACAAACAAGUAAGACAUUUGAAGAGAAUGGCAUCUAUGUGGCCAAAUAAAAGGAAUAUGGCAGGAAGGUGCAAAUGUGGUGAUGUUUGAUCAGAUCAGCAGAGAGGAGUCACCAAGAAGAUGGCUUUUAGAUCUGUAGGCAGCAAGGACACCAGUUAUUUAGAAGGGAAUUCAGGCAGUGAUAACAGCAAAUGAAAAGGUCCUGAGGCAGAGUAUACUUGACAUGUAGGUAGAACAGCAAAGGUGUCCACAUACUGGAGCAGAAGAAUCAAGAGGAAGAGUUUUUGGAGAAGAGGUCCUAAGCAAUGACCUUGUAGGUGACAGCAAUGAAUUGGGAGAGGAAUAGAUCACCUGACUUUAGUUUUAAAUGUGUCUUACUCUGACUGUUGUGUUAACAAUGGACUACAGGGGAAGAGGGUAGAAGAGGGGAGACUUGUAAGAAAGACACACAACACACUUGUGUGCAGAGAGAAGAUGGUGGUUAGGAACAGGGCAGAAAAUGGAUCAGAUUCUGGAUAUAGCUGGAGGUAAAGCUGAGGGAUUUCCAGAUCAAGGUGUGGAAGAAAAGAGUUGGAGAAGCUCCAAGAUUUGGUGUUGGAAGACCUAUAAGAGAAUAGGGUUGCCAUUUCCUGAGGUGGAUAAAGCGGCAGCUAGAGUGAGAUGAUUUUCAGGGAGUGAUAAUACAAAGUGCUCAGCUUUGGACACACUGUGUUUGAGAGGCCAACUAGGUAGAGAAGCCAAGCAGAUGAGGAUGCAGGAGAAAGAUCCAGGCUAGAGACACUCAUGGGAGGUCAUGGUCAUGGCAGGUGAUGUCCAAGCUUUGGCAAUGGGUGAGAUUAUGUACAGAGUGAGUGUGGAUAAAGGAGAUGAUGAAGAUUCAGAAAAGAGACUGGGAGGUGAGAGGAAAACCAGGCAAAUGUGCUGAGCUGGAACCAUGUAAGGGGAGGGUUAAAGGAGGUGAGAGAGUGUCCAUCAAGUCCACUUGCGCUCCAGCUCUCUCUCCCUGGUUGGAGCAAUAACUGUCUGUCAGUCAUGGGCAUGAACCUGCUUUUGUCCCCUUGGAUUGGAAGAGUGGGUCCAGUUGGCCCUUGGGCUCUAGGACUGUAUAGCCUGUGAACUUGGCUAGGAGGACUGCUAUUUCCUCAAGACUCCAAGGUUAUCCACUUUUAAUGAUUAGCUCUGCACAUCCGUAAGGCUGCAGGGCUUCUGGAGCUGUCUGUUUGAUUCACUGUGCUCCCCUCCAAGGCUGCAGGGGAAUCUGAAGCUCUUUGCUGGAAAUCAGAGGGUGGACCCAGCUUUCCCCAAGGAGACUUCCUAAGAGGACCCAGUAGGUCUCAAAAUGCAUGGGCUGUGGAAGCUUCGGGGACUUUGCACACUAUGGGGUAAACAGACAUCCAGCCAUACUCUUCACAUAAUUACGAGGCAAGUGGCAUCCGUGCAGUGGGGCCGCCAAGAAGUUCCUGCCAAGUUUAACUUUGCUAGAGAUGUGAUAGAUCACUGGGCCGACAUGGAGACGGCUGGCAUGCGACCCUCAAGCCCAGCCCUGUGGUGGGUGAAUGGCAAAGGGGAGGAAGUGAAAUGGAACUUCAGAGAACUGAGUGAAAUCAGCCAGCAGGCAUCCAACGUCCUCUCCGUGGCCUGUGGCCUGCAGCGUGGGGACUGUGUGGCAGUCGUGCUGCCCCGCAUACCUGAGUGGUGGCUGGUGACCCUGGGCUGUACUCGAGCAGGCCUUAUCUUCUCACCUGGGACUAUCCAGAUGAAAUCUGGUGACAUACUAUAUAGGCUUCAGUCAUCUAAGGCCAAGGCCAUCGUGGCUGGAGAUGAAGUUGCCCAAGAAGUGGACAUGGUGGCACCUAAAUGUCCUUCUCUGGAAAUUAAGCUCCUGGUGUCUGAGAAAAACCGGGAUGGGUGGCUAAACUUCAAGACACUAUUAAAAGAGGCAUCCACCACUCAUCGCUGUGUGGACACUGGGAGCCAGGAAGCCCUUGCCUUUUAUUUCACUAGUGGGACCAGUGGCCCUCCCAAGAUGGCAGAACACUCCCACUCGAGCCUGGGCCUCAAGAGCAAGAUGGAUUCUGGGUUUUGGACAGGUCUGCAAACCUCUGAUGUAAUAUGGACUAUAUCAGACACAGCUUGGAUACUGAACAUCCUAGGCUCAUUUCUGGAACCGUGGUCAUUAGGAGCAUGUGCAUUUAUACAUCACUUGGAUAAGUUUGACCCAGUGGUCAUUCUAAAAGUGCUAUCCAGCUACCCAAUCAGUAGCCUGUUUUGUGCCCCCAUAGUGUUCCGGAUGUUGCUACAACAGGACCUUUCCAGGGAUGCUGAGGAGGAACACUUAUCUCUCUUCUUCAGUUACAAGUUCCCACACCUAAAGACUUGCUUCAGUGCAGGGGAGAGUCAACUUCUGGAAACUCUGGAGAAGUGGAAGGCUCAGACAGGACUGGACAUCCGAGAAUGCUAUGGCCAGACAGAAACGGGGCUCACGUGCAGAGUUUCCAAGACAAUGAAGGUCAAACCAGGCUAUAUUGGAAUACCAGUUCCCCACUAUGACUUGCAGAUCAUAGAUGAAAAGGGCAAUGUCCUGCCCCCUGGCACAGAAGGAGACAUAGGCCUCAGGGUCAAACCCAUCAAGCCCAUAGGCAUCUUCUCUGGCUAUGUGAACAAUCUCCAGACGGUAGCAGACAAUAUUCGAGGAGAUUUCUGGCUCAUGGGAGACCGAGGAAUCAAGGAUCAAGAUGGCUAUUUCCAGUUCAUGGGACGGACAGAUGAUAUCAUUAACUCCAGUGGGUACCGGAUUGGGCCAUCAGAGGUAGAGAAUGCACUGACGGAGCACCCCGCUGUGGCUGAGACAGCUGUAGUCAGCAGUCCAGAUCCUGUCCGAGGAGAGGUGGUAAAAGCAUUUGUGGUCCUGGCCCCAGAGUUCCUGUCCCAUGACCGAGACCAGCUCACCAAGGAGCUACAGCAGCAUGUGAAGUCAGUGACAGCCCCAUACAAAUACCCAAGGAAGAUAGAGUUUGUCUUGGACCUGCCCAAGACUAUCACAGGAAAAAUUGAGCGAGCCAAGCUUCGAAAAAAGGAGUGGAAGAUGUCUGGGCAAUCCCGGACCAAGUGAGACUCCUGGGGGGGGGGUCUCACUUGAAUUCCCCUAUUCUUUCUAUUUUUCAUUCUUUGGGGGGGGUGGUUGGCUUUCCUGUGAAGAUAUGAGAUUCUUUAUGAAAAGGUUCAUAUGUAAUUUUUGUCUUUCCUUGGUUAUUAGCACAAAACAUGGCCAUGUUAGAUGUGAAAGAAGAAAGAGAGGGAGGGAAUGACAAGUAGAAAAGGUGAGAAUAACAGAAAAA